AAAUUGUCUUUAUCAAUUUCUUCUCUCGCACGUUAUUUCCUCCCCACAACUCAAAAAAAAAAAAACAGAAAAAAGAGAAGCAAGAAACCAAAGCGACCUGCCCUAAUCUUUAGCGAUGAUAGUUUAAACGGAACGAAACUUGACGAAGAAACUAAAGAGACACAUUUGAAUCAUCUUCAUAGCGUUAAAGAAUAAAAAUAAAAAAUCGUAGAAAGUGAGAAAGAAAGAAGAUAAUCGGGGAGAUUAAAAAAAGGAAAUGACAACGGCGUGUCCGGCGAGGACAAGCUCACUAAUGGACGAUCUCUUGGGCCUCCUUAGAAUCCGCAUCAAACGUGGCGUCAAUUUAGCCGUCCGUGACAUCAGUAGCAGUGAUCCUUACGUCGUCGUCAAAAUGGGCAAACAGAAAUUGAAGACUCGUGUCAUUAACAAAGAUGUAAAUCCAGAAUGGAAUGAAGAUUUGACUCUCUCCGUCACAGACUCCAACCUUACCGUCCUCUUGACGGUGUACGAUCACGACAUGUUUAGCAAAGACGACAAGAUGGGUGAUGCUGAGUUCGAGAUAAAGCCUUAUAUUGAGGCUUUGAGGAUGCAACUUGAUGGACUUCCUAGUGGAACCAUUGUGACCACGGUUAAGCCAAGUCGUCGCAACUGUCUAGCCGAGGAGUCACGUGUCACAUGGGUCGACGGCAAGCUCGUCCAGGAUCUCGUUCUCAGAUUGCGACAUGUGGAAUGCGGAGAGGUCGAGGCUCAACUUCAAUGGAUUGAUCUCCCUGGCUCCAAGGGUCUAUGAAUCUUUUUUCUUUUUUUUUUCUUAUUCACCGUUACUUUGAGUUGUUUUCUUUCAAAUUGAACUAAACCAAGUAACAGCAU